CUAAAAAUGAGCGUUUCCUUCCUUCUUUAGAAAGGCUGCAUUUGCUUCAGAUCAUUUCUACACCAUGGCCGCUUCGAAUCCGUCAACACUUCUUCCUCUUGAACUGGUGGAUAAGUGCAUUGGUUCCCGUAUCCAUAUAAUUAUGAAGAGUGAUAAGGAAAUUAUAGGUACUCUACUUGGCUUCGAUGACUUUGUCAAUAUGGUUUUAGAAGACGUCACAGAGUAUGAGUCGACUCCAGAAGGGAGACGAAUUACCCAAUUAGAUCAGAUUCUACUUAAUGGAAAUCAUAUAACCAUGCUUGUCCCUGGUGGUGCAGAGAUUGUAGAUUGACAUGGCCUUCAGUCAGCUCCAGUUUUCAGCUAUUUCCUAGUAUAUAGUGAUAAUUAUCAAUAUUUCUUGAGGUAAAUACAAAUUGUUUUCAUAUAUUAGAAAAUAAUGGUUUUAGUUCGCAUUUAUUUUGUGUCAGUGCUUAGGGAGAACCAAUUUCAUUGGUUGAACAUUAGCUCAGUGAGUUCUGUCCCAUCCCAUAUUAUAUUUUUAUGUUUUGAAUGUCUUUUGUUAUUGCUGUAGGGUAUUCAUUUUGUGAUAAUUCUUAUAUCGCUAUUGAUAAGUUAUUUUUUUCCAAUAAUAGUCAAUUAGUAUUAUUUGAUAUCUAGAUAUUUAUUAACUCAAAUACUGUAUCUAGUACAAAAUUUGUAAUAAAUAUUUUAAAUGAUGA